AUGUGCACCAACAUAGUUUACGAAUGGCUGAAGGCGCUGCAGCUCCCGCAGUACGCCGAGUCCUUCGUGGAUAACGGCUACGAUGACCUGGAGGUCUGCAAGCAGAUCGGGGACCCGGAUCUGGACGCCAUCGGUGUGCUGGCGCCCGCGCACCGCCGCCGCAUCCUGGAGGCCGUGAGCCGGCUACGGGAGCAGGACGCCGCCGCUGCCGGCCUUUACUUCACGCUCGAGCCGCAGCCGCCGCCCUCCGACGCCGUCCCCACCGGCCGCCGGGGGGAGCCGUGCGGCGGCCCGGCCGGCCGCGCCCAGGGACCCCGCGGGGACCCCCGCAGCCAGACUGCUGUCCCCCGCAGCAGGGAGUUGGUGAGCUACCCCAAGCUGAAGCUGAAGAUCAUGAUCAGGGAUAAGCUCGUCCGCGACGGCAUCCAUCUGAGCAAACCCCCGUACUCCCGCAAGGUCCCAAUGGCUGGCAUCCUAGAGUACUUAAUGAAUUGGCCGAAGUCAUCACAGAACUGCUAG